GCACCCAACGCGCAGAAAUACGAAAAACCGACAAUACACACGUCACUCGCCCAUUUGUUGCCCACCCAUCUGCUCGCGGGCCGUCUGCAUGAUCUGGGCAAUGGCGAUCGACUCAUCCAGCGGACACUCAGGCAUCUCCAGCAGCCCCUCCUUGACACACUGGCCCACCCUCUCGGCCUCAUAAGCCAGCCCCUCUGAAUUCGCGAAGAAGAAACGAAAGUCCUCAGGUAUGCCCCCCUCACCCGGUCGCCACGCGGGCAGCUCAAAUGUAUGAUCGUCACGCACGGAGCCGCCGUCGGUGUAGAGAACACACGUGACGUGGGUGGGGCAGUGCAUGAUGCGGUGCACCUCGACAUGUCCCUUGUCGCCAAGGAUACGCGCCGUCUGCGAGCGGCGGCCGUCGGUGCCGAAGUGCAGCACAGCGAGAGUCCUCAGCCUGGCCGAUGGGUCGCUCUUGUCAUCGAAAGUCAUGGAGAUGCCCCCAUUGAGGUCCACCUGCUCUACUGGGUCCAUCACGCCCGCGGCAGCGAUGGAGAGCGGCCGCCAGCUUUUGGCUGGAGUGCCCAGGAGAUGCGUCGCAUACUGCACCGUGUAGCAGCCUGAUGCACACAUAUGCAUGGUGGUAGAGAGAUCUCACUCACAGUCCCCUGUGGCUGUCUGUGUGCGUUAGAUAGACGGACCAAUGUCGUAGAUUGCCCCUCCUCCCAGCUCCUUGAGGCGCGUGCGGCUGUCUUGCGCGGCGAGGAAGCCGAAGUCGCAGUGGAUGGCCGACACGCGGCCGAUGGUACCCUCCGAAACGAUCUCGUCGAUCUUCUUAAAUGCAGGAAAGUGACGUGUCCAGAAACCUGAAAGAAACCGCAGCGCACGCGCGGAAUGUCAAUCACGCUGCUGCGGAGCGAUGUGCUCGGACCCACCUUCAGUCAGGAAGCUCUUGUUGUCCCGCGCGACCUUCACCAUCUCUUUCACCUCCUCGACUGUCAUGCCAAGCGGCUUCUCGCAGACGACAUUGCGACCGUUGCGCAGCAGCUCACACACCACGUCCUUGUGCUUGGUGUUGAUCAGCCCCACAUAGCACACGUCCACAGCGAGCGACCUGUCCCGCGCCAGCUCAUCAUAGCUGCCGUAUGCCUUCCCGAUGCCGAAGCGUUUGGCGAAUGCCUGGGCCUUGGGCAGCUCUCGUGCGGCCACGGCAACGGUCUCGGCAUUGUCCACAAGCUUGAGGGCCGCACAGAAAUCAGAACAGAUGUUGCCUGCAAUGACAUGACAAGAACGUUCGGAAAGAGCAACGAGGGUGCAGAUCAGGUGGCGUUUCGUCUUUGUACCCGUUCCUAUGACGGCCCAUCGAACCUUUGAGCCAUCUCCCGCACUCAUUGCGGAAAGUCACUGGCGCACACGGGCUGUAACCAAUUGGCGGCCGAAAACAGCAGGCGCCAGAU